AUGGAGCUCAACUCGCUCAAACACCGCAGCCGGGCGAGGCUGCUGCUCCCCCUGGUGGGUGCGGGACCCAAGGCAGAGCGGCAGAGGGCCGGGCUUGGUCUCUGUCAGAGCCGGGAAAUCGUGAAGCCAGUAUCUUCUUCAGAGUUGUUUCCAUCUUUGCCUCUUGUACACGGGACAUCUAAAAGAAUUAAAGUGCUAACCCGGCUAACACUUGUUGUUUCUGAUCCUUCCCACUGCAAUCUCCUGAGAUCAACGUCUGCAAAUAUAAGGUUAUAUGACAUCAUAGCAGUAUUUCCAAAGAAUGAGAAACUGUUCCACAUUGCUUGCACGACCCUAGAUGUGGAUCUGGUGUGCAUAAAUGUAACAGAAAAGCUGCCAUUCUACUUCCGAAGGCCCCCUGUGAAUAUGGCAAUAGAUCGAGGCAUUUACUUUGAACUUCUUUACACGCCUGCCAUCAAAGACUCCACAAUGAGAAGGUACACAAUUUCAAAUGCAAUCAGCCUGAUGCAGAUCUGCAAAGGAAAGAACAUUGUUAUAUCUAGUGCAGCUGAAAGGCCUCUUGAACUACGAGGUCCCUAUGACGUGGCUAAUCUCAAAGGUGGCAGAGGUUUGCUGUUUGGGCUGUCAGAAAGUGAAGCCAAAGCAGCCGUGUCUACCAACUGCAGAGCCACCAUACUCCAUGGAGAAACUCGGAAGAGUGCCUGUGGGGUAGUGUACACUGUGAAGAAGCCUCGCAAGGUUGACGAGGAAGAAACUACACUGCCAGCCUGCAAAAAAGCUAAGACUCAAGCUUGA